ACGGAUAUCUCUUGGCGAUACACUUACAAGCUGUGGGGGGUUGUCUCAAACAAUCAUUCACUUUGAUCCGAAAGACUUCCUUUUCGCUGGGAAUCAGGCAGACAUAUCGCAAAGAGCGAGGGAAUCUCGUUCAAACAGGGAGGCGCAGCAGAUUGGAGGAGCAAAGAGGAGACGGAGAGUCGGACACAGAAAAACCCAUUAAAGUCUCUUGAGGGGAGGGAACGCCAUGGAGGGCCCAAGGCCAAGGGCAUCCGAGAAGUUUCUCAAAAUGACGGCGCCAACAAACACAACAGCAUCCACGACGAAACCACAACAGCAGCAACAGGUCUACGAAUCUGGCCUCGAAGUAGUCGAAUCAAACGCCUGGAAUCGCAACGAUAUCCACCUCCCAGAAGUCUCACCCUACAACCAGUCGGAAGCCAAGACCACAACCUUCCCCGAGGUCGCAGACGACCCGUUAUCGUGGCAUCACUACCACAAGCAGAACCCCAACCUCGAGGUCUCGUCCUCGCCGUCCAUCACUUCCGCGGCGCCGCAUUACUAUGCCGCUGCGGGCCAGCAGCAUCCCCCCGGGUAUCACCAGCCGCCGCCCGGAUCGCCGGGGUACGGGUCCGGUAAAGGGAAGGCCAAGAUGUGUGGGAUGCGCAGGAAGGUGUGCUACAUCGUCAUGGGCGUCGCCAUAGUCCUCGUCGUGGCAGCCAUCGCCGUCGGCCUCGGAGUAGGCUUGGCGAUGAAGAAGAGCGGUUCGGGCAACAAGUCUUCGUCAGGGUACGUUCCUCUUGUUCAAACAUCACUUUCAUCUCACUUCCUCCUGCCUUUCGUCCAUCUCCUCAGAUGAUCACGUACCCGAAGUCUCAUUGCAGUAACAACCCAAGCAGCAACUCAACAACAACCCCAGCAACAUCAACCAAAAACGCAACAAUCAUCUGCCCUGCGGCAGACAACGCAACCUACUCCUCCCCCGACGCCCCCAAACGCACCUUCCGCAUGAUCUGCGGCCACGACUUCAACUCAGCCGAC